UCCUGAGAUAAACACUGCAACACUUGUACCCGACCAAAACCAAGCCGAAAAACACUACAACAAAACAAAAGCAGCAAUUAACAAUGACACCACCAAACAUCAUUCUUUCCUUUCUUUGCUGUUACCUCCUCCUCAUUGCGAAACCACCGCUCACCGGCGCCGCCGGUGGCCGGUGGCAAGUCUUGCAAAACAACAUAGGCAUAACUGCCAUGCACAUGCAACUGCUCAACAACGACCGUGUCGUUAUUUUCGACCGCACCGACUUCGGAAAGUCCAACCUUUCAUUGCCCGACGGAGAAUGCCGAAGAGACCCAGACGACACCGUUUUGAAAGUCGACUGUACUGCACACUCAGCUGAGUACGACGUCGUCACAAACACUUUUCGAGCUCUCUUCGUCCAAACCGAUGUUUGGUGUUCCUCCGGCGCUGUAAUGCCCGACGGCCGUCUGAUCCAAACUGGUGGAUACAAUGAUGGUGAACGAAGGGUCAGGAUUAUCCGGCCUUGUGCUACUUGUGAUUGGCAAGAAGUUCCAAACGGACUAGCGGCUAGAAGAUGGUACGCGACCAAUCAUAUUCUGCCAGAUGGACGCCAGAUCAUCAUCGGUGGUAGAAAACAAUUUAACUAUGAAUAUUAUCCUAAGAGUUCUGGUACCACUGGCACGUUCAAUUUUCCAUUCCUAGCUCAAACCAAUGACGCACGCAUAGAAAACAACUUGUACCCAUUUGUGUUUCUUAACGUUGAUGGCAAUCUAUUUGUCUUCGCGAAUAAUCGAGCUGUUUUGUUCGAUUACAAGAACAACAAAAUCGUUAAGACAUACCCACAAAUACCAGGUGGUGAUCCUAGGUGUUAUCCUAGUACUGGCUCAGCGGUUUUGCUACCAUUGAAGAAUUUGCAAUCACAGUUCGUAGAAGCUGAAGUUUUGGUCUGUGGUGGAGCUCCCAAAGGCUCAUAUGCUCAGGCCUUGAAGAACAACUUUGUGGGUGCUUUGGACACGUGUGCCCGGAUCAAAAUCACGGACCCAAAUCCCCAAUGGGUAAUGGAAACAAUGCCUCUAGCUAGGGUCAUGGGUGACAUGACUUUGCUUCCAAACGGCAACGUUUUGAUCAUAAAUGGUGCUGCUUCUGGGACAGCUGGUUGGGAAUCGGGGAGAAACCCGGUUCUGAACCCGGUUAUUUACCGACCCGAUAACAAGUUGGGUUCGCGGUUCGAGACACAAAACCCGACUACUAUUCCACGAAUGUACCACUCCACAGCAAUUUUACUUCGUGAUGGUCGAGUACUUGUCGGUGGUAGUAACCCUCACGUAGGCUAUUCAUUCACAAAUGUGCUUUUUCCUACAGAGUUGAGGUUGGAAGCGUUUUUUCCAGCUUAUUUGGAUGCACAAUUCGCAAACCUGCGUCCAAAAAUUGUGACACCAGCUUCACAAACCCAAAUAAAGUAUGGGCAGAGCUUGUUUGUUCGGUUCACAGUCACGGGAACACUGGCACCAAACUUGGUCUCGGUAACAAUGGUGGCACCGCCAUUGACAACCCACUCGUUCUCCAUGAAUCAAAGGCUUUUGGUACUUGUUACUGGGAAGGUGACAAGCCUUGGGAAAUCGACGUAUCAAGUUCAGGUGACGACACCCGGGUCGGGAAUUCUUGCACCAUCGGGAUUUUAUCUUCUCUUUGUGGUUCAUCAAGAUAUUCCUAGCGAAGGCAUAUGGGUCCAAAUCAAGUGACAAACUCGUGACUUUUUUUUUUUUUUUUUCAAAUUUAAUUAUCUGUAUUUGUUUAAAAUAAUUUGGCAAAACAAAAAAAAUUGUAAUAUAAUCAAUAUUUUGAAUGCCAAACUACAUAAGAUAUAGAUUAGAGGUUGUUUUAUUAAUUAUACUUGGUGUUAUUAUAUAUUUGUAUACAAUGUAAAAGUUUCCAAUGAAAAUUGUAAUAUAUAAUUGAAUAAAAAGUCACGGGGAUUUGU